GCACCGCCGUCCUUCCAAUGGCCUUGUCGACGCCUGGUCCGCCAACUGGCAACCUGACAGCCUGUAUCAAGAUCGGGUUCGGCCGAAACGUCAACUGUUCCGCCGUUUCGACCCCCUUCGGCCCCGGUAACUCGACCAACUGCGUCUGCGGGGCUUACACCGGGGGCACCCUCCUCACCCCGACCGUCUGCCAGGCCACCGUGCAGUGCUCCACAUGCACCCGGGGCUGCAACCGGGACGCCGACUGCUUCCCCGGGGUUUGGCGCGCCCGGCGCCGCGAGAGGAAGCUACGCGCGGACAGCGGGACUGCGGCUGCAUACGUACGUACGCGCUGCGCCGCCGUCGAUCGUGAGCCUGCGGCCCGCUUUCUGAGCGGUUUGAAGGUUCUGGCCGGCUCGGCCUCGGAGGCAAUCGCUGCCACGUGGCUUCGGUCGGCCGCCUCGGCGCUGGCCACGCUGGCGAAGAAGCGCCGGAAGGGGACAAUUGAUGACGUUGUGCUGACAAAGCACUCAGGGGCUCCUUGGAACGUAACGACAAAGAAACUUCGGAGGGUUGAAGACAACCACCUCCGCAAGUCGCCGGUCUGGGAAGCACGGUCUUCAAAAACGUUUGGACUGCGGAUGGACCACGUUUGA